AGCUGCAUGAUGACAUCACUGAAUUCAAUGAUGAACUGCCUUUAACUGUCAUUUUGCAUUAUUGACACAGUUGACGCAAUCUUUUUUGUUUAAAGCGCUAAAUAAAUAAAGGUGACUUGACUUUAAAAAACGGAGCAAACAGAAAGCGCAAUCUAUAUUAUAGCUCUAUAAAUGAAGCAUACAGACUUUAUUAGAGCCACAGAAAGACAAACAUUUCAAUGAAAAUGCUCAAUAUACAAUUUAUUGUGUACAUUAACAAUGAUUUGGGGUGAAUAUAAUGUAAUUUAAUGGAAAACUAUGUGAAUGGCAUGGCAGGAUUUUCUGUCAGCUGCAUUUAAAUCUGUGUCUGAGGUUUCUCGCUCUGUUCAGUGUGCAGCAUCGCGUGUCUAAACAAAUAGCACAUGCUGUCAGUGAUUUCCACCAUUAGAGGCCCCUCUCGCACUGUAUAAUGAAAACAUACCCUUCUCAGCAACGGACACAACCUGGAAAACUAUCGGAUUGGAUUUUUGCCGAUAACCAAUUGUUCCAGCAAUCAACUAUCGGUGCCGAUUAAUCGGCAAAAUGGAUACAUCGGUCAACCUCUACUUUAUACUGUCUUCUCGUUUACUGAAAUAUAUGAUAAAAAUGAAUGGUUUAUUCUGAUAAAUGUAACUCUUCAGUGAAGAUUACAUCUGUUGCUGCUGUUUCAUAGGCGUCUGAAUCACUGUAAUGCUCGAGUUGCUUUAGUGUCAUUUAUAUCAGCAUUAUAUUGACAUCUCUGCUCUCUAGACAUCAGCGUCUGCCAAUGAAAAACAUCUACUGACACACGUGGAACUGCUGAAAUGAGAAGAUCUGUUGUGUGUGAGUGUGAGUUCUGGACUGUGUGUGAAAUGGUCAUGAAAUUCCUGGCAUCGCUCUAGUUCCCUUAAAGCGUCACAGAGAGGAAGAGACAGACUGUUCUGGAGCAGAAGACUUUAGCCAACAUCUCUCCAUCAUUAUGCAUCACAGUCACUCUCAUUCCAGCAGGACGUUUGAUUUAGCGCUCAGUGCACUGCUAUUAUGGCAUCGAGCCAAACACAGGCCCGACACACAGAAGGUUCCAUCCGCUCCUCAUUCCCCUCCUCCUCCCCCACCUCCGCCCCCCCCUCCCGAGCCUGUGGCCCUGCCAGAGACGGAGGAGGAGAUUCUGGGCUCUGAUGACGAAGAGCAGGAGGAUCCAGCCGACUACUGCAAAGGAGGUUACCAUCCCGUGAAGAUCGGCGACCUGUUUAACGGCAGAUACCAUGUCGUCCGUAAGCUGGGCUGGGGUCACUUCUCCACCGUCUGGCUGUGCUGGGAUAUUCAAGAGAAGCGUUUUGUUGCACUGAAGGUCGUAAAGAGCGCGCAGCACUACACAGAGACGGCACUGGACGAAAUUAAAUUACUCAGAUGUGUGCGUGAGACUGAUCCUGAUGAUCCUAAUAAGGACAUGGUGGUUCAACUCAUAGACGACUUCAAGAUCUCAGGGGUGAAUGGGAUUCAUGUGUGUAUGGUGUUUGAAGUUCUUGGUCAUCAUUUGCUCAAGUGGAUCAUCAAGUCUAAUUAUCAGGGUUUGCCGCUACCCUGCGUCAAGAGCAUCAUUACACAGGUUCUGCAGGGCCUCGAUUACCUUCACAGUAAGUGUAAGAUCAUCCACACGGAUAUCAAACCGGAGAACAUCCUAAUGUGUGUGGACAAGGCUUUCGUGCGCAGGAUGGCGGUCGAGGCCACCGAGUGGCAGAAAGCAGGAGCGCCGCCGCCGUCUGGAUCCGCUGUCAGCACGGCUUCUCAACUCCAACAGCAGGUGGGGAAAAUAUCCCAAAAUAAAAAGAAGAAGCUGAAGAAGAAGCAGAAGCGGCAGGUGGAGCUGCUGGAGAGACGCAUGCUGGAGAUCGAAGCUCUGGAGCGAGAGGAGAAGCAGAGAGCUGGUGGCGCGUCGGACACCACACACUGUCCCAGCCUGGCUCUGGCGGACAGCGAGGAUGAUGAAGAGGAUGAUGAGGAUGCAGAUAAAGACGAGGAGGCAGAGGGAGAGAAAGUGCGGCCUGUCAGACUCACCAACCACACAUGUGCGGAGCCGGAUCAGGAUCAGCAGGAAAUAGAGGAGAACGAGGAGGGUGCUGACAUCCUUCCCACUGCCAACUGUCCUGCUGAAGAAGAGUCACACAGGCGCACACACACUCCACCUGAGCGACAGGACACUCCUGAGAAUGAGGACGAGUGUGAAAACUCAAAAGAACAAGAGCAGGAUGGAAAUGAAGACGUGAGAGAGGAAGAGGAAGAGGAGGAUAAAAUAGAGGAAGAGGAAACGGAAGCCACACCCUCACAGAGUGCCGAGGAUGAGCUGAAGACACAUGAGUUUUCAAACGAGGAAGAAGCAGAUCCACCUAAAGAGAUGAUAGAGAGACAAGAAAACGUGGUGGAGGAGCAUGAAGAUGAAGAAUAUGACGAGGAGGCAGAGGAUGAAGACCAGGCACUGUCCAGCAAGGACCACAACAACACCUGUAAAACGAACAGUCACGUGAUCACGUGUGUGCAGGAGCAUCUGUCCUCGCCUCUGCUCUGCCCUCUGGUGGAGUCUGAGGUCAGCACGACCGACCGUGAUGCUUCCGACGCCUCGUACGAACUUUUCAAUGGAGAGACCGCGCUGACGAACGGAGCUCGGCACCGCGGCACCACGCCACGCUUCCCCGAGCUUCCUCUGGAUCCCCAGAUGGACAACUGCGAGCACGACGAGGCCCAGGCACUCAACACCAACUGCAGCCGAACAGUGUCCUCGUCCAGCACUGGAGACACGCCCAAAGCGAGGGUCAGAGCGGCCGAUCUGCUGGUGAAUCCUCUGGAUCCGAGGAACGCAGAUGUUCUGAGAGUCAAAAUCGCUGAUCUGGGCAAUGCAUGCUGGGUGCACAAGCACUUCACGGAGGACAUCCAGACGCGGCAGUACCGCUCCAUCGAGGUGCUGAUCGGAGCGGGAUACAGCACUCCCGCUGAUAUAUGGAGCACAGCCUGCAUGGCGUUUGAGUUGGCCACUGGGGACUAUCUGUUUGAGCCGCACUCUGGUGAAGACUACUCCCGUGAUGAAGAUCAUAUAGCUCAUAUCAUAGAGCUUCUUGGCUGCAUUCCUCGACACUUUGCUCUUUCUGGAAAAUAUUCCCGGGAAUUCUUCAACCGGAGAGGUGAGCUGAGGCACAUCACCAAGCUCAAGCCCUGGUCUCUGUUUGACGUGCUGGUGGAGAAAUACGGUUGGUCAGCUGAGGACGCCGGUCACUUCACACACUUCCUGCUGCCCAUGCUGGAGAUGGUGCCGGAGAAACGGGCCUCCGCCUCAGAAUGCCUCAACCACCCCUGGCUGAACUCAUAGCACUUUGGUCCCUCAGACUCAUCAACCCCUGCAGCCCCGUCCUGAACUGCAGAUGCCGUCAUCAGAGAGAGAAAGAGCCAGAGAGAGGAGGCGUCAAAGGGGCGAGGGUGGGCUUCAGCAUGUGCACAGACAUACUCACAAACACUCACAUGCACAAACACACACAAAUACUCACAAACACUCAUGCACUCACACAUACUCACAAACACUCACAGUCACAAACACUCACACACAUACUCACAAACACUCACAUUCA